CAAAAUCACAAAUUUCACUACUCACACAAACGUACCAAAGUAGCCAAAUGCAUUUACAAAUGUUAGUCGCAGUAGUAUUAGUAUUAGCAAUGGCAUCUUUAGAGAAAGCGGGUGCUCAUGAGUUGCCACAAUAUUGUGAAACGUCGUGUGGUAAUGUGAAUAUAACAUUUCCUUUUGGUUCACGUGAGAAUUGCUACCACAGUCCCGAGUUUCUUGUAACUUGUGACAGGACCCACACUGAUGGGCCUACACCUUACUAUGGAACAAUCGAAGGCGAUGUUAUUCUUAAAAAUUUGUCAAUGAGCACAAGUGAGAUUGAAGUUACAUCGUAUGUUGCUCAUGAUUGUUACGAUAGCAAUGGGUUAAGAGAGAACACAUCCAAUGUUGAUCCGUUUUUCACGUUGUCAGAUUUCCGAAUAUCAACCAAGAACAGGUUUGUCGCCAUUGGGUGUGACACCGAUGCAUAUAUCGUAGGAUCAAGGGAGGGUAAGGUUUAUGGUACUGGAUGCAUUUCUGUUUGUGAUGAAAACAGCGGUAUCACAAAUGGAACAUGCUCGGGGGUUGGGUGUUGCGAAAUGAAAAUCCCAGAAGGAGUGGGCGCUUUUAAGAUGUUCCUAGGUAGCUUCGCUAACCAUACCAAUAUAUCUAAGUUUAACCCUUGUAGCCAUGCUUUUGUUGUUAACCAAGAGAACAAUCAUUUCAACUUCUCUUCCACCAACUUGCACGAUUUUCGAAGUGUAAAGAGGAUGCCAAUGUUACUUGAGUGGGCAAUCGGGAAUGAAACUUGUGACAUAGCAAGUCAGGACAGACAAAAAUUCUUAUGUAAAGGAAACACCAGCAUAUGUGAUCAAGCUUAUACUGGUCCUGGAUAUCGCUGUCGCUGCCUUGAAGGUUAUCAAGGAAACCCUUAUAUUGAAGAUAACUGCAGGAAUAUUAAUGAGUGUCAGGACGGAAAUCAUACUUGCCUACAUAAAUGCAAGGAUAAUCCUGGAAAUUAUACGUGUUCUUGUCCAAAAGGAUACUCUGGAGAUAGCAGGAGAAAUGGCUCCGGUUGUUCAGUAAAGCAAUCAUUCGUAAUAAUGGUGGUCAUAUGUUCCUUAGUUGCUGGCUUAAGUCUACUUUUACUUUUUACCUCGAUAUACUUGGGACUCAAAAAGCGUCAAACUUUCAUUCUUAGAGAAAAGUUCUUUAAGCAAAAUGGUGGAAUAAUGUUGCAGCAAAGAAUUUUCGGGGAUGGGGGUUCUCAAAUUCAAGCUAAACUCUACACAGCAGAAGAGCUUGAGAAGGCAACCAACAACUAUGAUCAGAGCAUGAUAAUUGGAAAGGGUGGCUAUGGCACAGUAUUUAGAGGAGUUCUACCUGAUGACAGAAUAGUUGCUAUAAAGAAAUCCAAGACAGUAGAUCAUACACAAACCCAAGUCGAGCAAUUUAUCAAUGAAGUACUUAUCCUUUCCCAAGUCAAUCACAGAAAUGUGGUGAAGCUGAUUGGUUGUUGCCUGGAAACAGAAAUUCCUUCAUUAGUUUACGAAUUUAUUCCAAAUGGCACGCUCUUUGAUCUCAUCCAUGAUGAAUGUAAGUCGAAGGCUAUUGAUUGGGACAUCCGACUGAGAAUAGCAACACAGACAGCUGGAGCACUUUCAUAUUUACACUUUGCAGCAUCUGUCCCAAUAAUUCAUCGAGAUGUUAAGCCAAUGAAUAUACUUAUUGAUAGUAGCUAUGUAGCCAAAGUAGCUGAUUUUGGAGCAUCAAAGCUAAUUCCCAUGGAUCAGAAUGACGUGGCGACAAUGGUGCAAGGUACACUAGGUUACUUGGAUCCGGAGUACUUUCACACAGGUCAGCUCACAGAAAAGAGCGACGUCUAUAGUUUUGGAGUCCUACUAGUGGAACUUUUAACCGGAAAGAAGAUUGUUGACUUCGACAAGCCAGAGAAAGAAAGGCAUGUAACCAAAUCUUUUAUAGCUUCUUUAGAGACUCAGACUCUAUUGCAGGUUCUUGAUGAAAACUUGCAGCUAAAGGAAGUUCCUCACGAUAUCAUCCUAGUUUCAAGGCUUGCAGAAAGAUGCUUACACCUUAAAGGAGACGAAAGGCCUACUAUGAAGGAAGUGGCAUUAGAGCUGGAAGGAAUAUUGGCAUCAAUGAUUGACAAGCAUCCAUGGGUGAAAAGUAUUUCAAUUGAAGAAGAGACUGAAUAUUUGCUCAACGGACCAAGUGAACGCUGUGAAGACAUUGACAACACCAAUAUAAGCCCAAUAGCUUUUUAUAGCGUAUGAUCAACAUGUUUAGCUGCUCCUGGUUUGUCUACUGGAAUCUCUCCAAGUCUCCGGUGAUGAUCUCAUCAAGUGGAUUGUUAUUGUAAGAAUAAAAUUUUGAGGCUGGGCCAUGGGUUCUUUCUAUUUCACCUUGUAAUAUGGAGGGCUCAUGGCUUAGGCUUUCAGAUUGUAAUUUGGUCGAUAGUCCGGUCUGUUGUAUUUGUAAGAUUUGUAACGGUAUACUGAUGGUAUGCUAAUAUAGACAUAUAAUUACAAUCCGUAAAAAGAAAAGAUGGCCCAGCCAUGAGCCAUCUAUCGAAAACAUUCUCCAACUCCAAUCCAUCAACGACAUAAUAAAAAUGCUGAACCAAAUUACUUGAAAAGUUGAAAGUUGCUUCCCAACGACAUAUCGAAAACA